AUGGCGAGAAAUGCGGAGAGAGCGAAUGCAGUGCUGAACAAGUGGCUCGCCGUGAAGGACGCGGUCGUCAAAGGCGCCGCAAACCGCGAGCGACGCCCCCGAGACGUCAACUCCUGCCAGGACCUGAAACAGGCGGAGAAAUGGCGUAGCGAAGUGAUGCGUGAGAUCGGGAAAAUGAUCACGCAGGUCCAGGACGCGAGUCUCGGAGAACAUCGAAUUCGCGAUUUAAACGAUGACAUUAAUCGAAUGAUUCGCGUCAAAAAGGCAUGGGAAUUCCGAAUCAAAGACCUGGGAGGCCCAGACUACUCGGCGUCCUCGACAGCCCUGGAGGCCAUGAGUAAAAUGAGCGCUGCCGGCGCAGAUGGAUACAUGUACUUUGGCGCUGCCAAGGAACUAAAGGGCGUGCGGGAGUUGCUGGAACGGGAAGCGUCCGAGCAGCAGAAGCCUCGCAAAACGCGCGCGAUGCUCUUCAAGAACAUCACGCCCGACUACUACGGGUGGCGGGACGAGGAAGACGGAGAGAUUCUCUUGGCAGAGAAAGUGCGGGAAGAAGAGCUCCGACAAGAAUCCCGCGGCUCAUCAGAGAGCAGCAAGCGAGUUCGAGCGGCUCCAUUAGCUGGAGACGCGGAUGCAGAAAGCGACGACGAAUCGAAGAAAAGGAAACGUGAUCAGGCGGCAAGUUCCCAACCCUCUGGAGGCGCUCCCGAGUUCCAGUCCUACGUCGACGUCCCGAGUGCGGAGACCAUUGCGCGUUUGCUGGUCGAGCGGAAGAAGCAACUGCUUCUGGAAAAAUACGUGUCUACGCAACAAAGAGAAAAAGAAAAGGAGUCACGAGCGCUUGCCUCACAGUCGACUUAG